GCUGUUACUUCUACAUUCAUCCACGAUUGUUUUGUCGCCGAUUCUCGAUGAUUGUUUUGAUAACGUCAGGUACACGACGUUAAUAAUGGUGAACGUGAAUUUAUAAUAUUGCAAAAUUAAUCAUUGAAAUAAUAAUUCACUAAUAGAAACGGUUAAGGAACGAUUAUAGUUAACAUUUCUAAAAUUUUAGCGAAGAAUUUACGUGUGCUUUGUUAUCUUUAAAACCUAACCUACAGCUUUGGAAAGUUGUUCUAUAAUUUUCGUUGAUUUUUUGGACAAAACCUCUUCAAAAUGUCAGAACGUAAAGUUUUGAACAAAUACUACCCCCCGGACUUUGAUCCAUCAAAGAUCCCUCGCAUGAAAUUGGCUCGAAAUCGCCAAUAUACAGUUCGUUUAAUGGCCCCAUUUAAUAUGCGAUGCAAGACAUGCGGGGAAUACAUUUACAAAGGAAAGAAGUUCAACGCUCGCAAGGAAGACGUGGAGGGUGAUGAUUACUUGGGCAUUAGGAUUUACAGAUUCUACAUCAAGUGCACUCGCUGUCUUCAAGAAAUUUCCUUCAAAACAGACCCCAAAAAUACAGACUAUGAGAUAGAAGCAGGAGCUUCUCGGAAUUUUAUGGCGCUAAAAAUGGCAGAGGAACAGGCUCAAAGGGAGGAAGACGAAGAAAGGGAAGAAGAAGCCACAAACCCAAUGAAGCUUCUUGAAAAGAGGACACAGCAGUCAAAACAUGAGCUGGAGUUACUUGAGUCGUUAGAGGAACUCAAGGAUUUGAAUCGGAGACAACAAACUAUAGACUACGAGCAAAUGCUUGGCCAGUAUGACACGCAAGCUAGUAGAAUAAGAAAGGAAAAAGAACAAGAAGAACUCGACGAGCAGUUCGUUCAAUCCAUAUUCAAGAAGAAAGAAAACGCGACGAUAGUGGAAGAAGAAAUCGUCGAAUUGGAAGAUGAAGUAUACGAGCCGCCGAAAAAAAUGUUUCAGAAGGACGAUUUCGCCACAAGUACCGAGAAAGUGGAUUUGUUCACGAAACCCUUAGAGACAGUUGUUCUGACAUCGUCUUCUUCAUCAUUGGUGAAAAGCAAAAUAGCAACUUCGACCAAGACCAAGUUUUCUGGACUCGUGAAAAGAAAAGCUGAUAUGCUGAAGGUUAAUCCAAGUACAGCGAAUCCGACAGAGGAAAAAGCAACUGAAAAAAUAACCGACCAAGCUGCGAAUGAAACUUCGAAACCAAGUGGGCUUUCAUUGUUGGGUGCUUAUUCCGAUAGUGAAGAAGAAAGUGAUUAGCUUGAAACAAAAUUUCUUGUCAGUUUGUAUAUAAUUUUAUUCUUUAAUUCAUUAGUCACACAUAGACUUAUUUUUACGUCCAUGAAGAACCACAAUAGCGUACGCAUGUUUGUGAUAACGUUUAAUUACUUUUUUUCAUAGUUGCAAACAAUUAGUGAAUACAAAAAACGAAUAUUUAUCGGAACCUAAGUGUUGCAUAUGGAAUUUUCAUUGUAUACAUUGAACAAACACGUUUCCUGUUAAAACUGUUUUUGCCAAGAAAACAAUUAUUUUAUUAAGUUAUGUACGUUUGAAUACAGUGUAAGCUUCAAUGAACUUCAACCAAUGCAUAUAGCAAAAGAUUUAAUUAAAAAUAUGCAAAAAAUAUGAAUCAUAGACGAUUGGGAAUAAAUUACGAAUUCUAACCUCACUCUUAGGUUUUGAUUUUUUAAUAAUGAAUAUUUCAUGUGCAAAUUGAUAAAAAUUUAUUUUAAGUUUUUUUUGUAUUAAGAUAAGUUAAUUCAAGCUUAUAAUGUGUUCAAAUUGACGUAACGUACUAAAAUAACUCUUUUUGCGGCAAAAAUAGUUUUAACAUAAAACCUGUUUUUUUUUACUGUAUUCAAAGAAAAUUCCACAUGUUACACUUAGUUUUCGGUAAAUCGUAAUUGUUUUCAUUCGAUAAUUGAAUUAAACUAUGCGAAACAAUAACAAAAUGAUUUUAAG